UGUUCGAUUAGCCUCAUUUCGAUGCUUCCCUUAGUGUAACCAUGGAGGAAGGAGGGGUGUAACACUGGUGUAUUUAGGGAAGUUAAUCGAACACACCCUAUGUGGCCCUCGUGCGUACUGUGUUCCUGGAUGACCUGGACUUUUUGAAACACUGAACGGGUUCAUUUUAUUUACAGCAACACAGCACUUAAGAGCAAUAUCUGUCUGAUGAAUUGUCUUUUUAGUUAUUUGUACAAGUCAUGUGUUGUGCAUCACUAACAAUUACAUCUCAGCAAGGGUCGAGUUGAGCUGUCUUAACAGCGGGGUGAUAGUAUAAGUUCCAUAUAAUUUCCCCUUGCAGUACAUGUACGUACAUGUAGUUCGUCAGCCAUCCGAAAGGGAUAACAUGUACAGUUAAAUAUCCUGCUAUUAAGAACAUGCUGUCUGCAGCACGAAGGUGCCAGUCAAGAUGGGGACACAUUCUUCGCCUGACUGCCAGCUCUCUCCCCUCAGCAACAAAGGGCAGUCCACGCCGUCAUCUCACUGGGACAGCAGUCUGCAAUCACUACAAUCAACCCUUGAGUGGGCAUGAUGUCCCGCGACCUGGGGGCAUUGCGACUAUGUUCAGGCUUCCCUAUCAGACAACUGCCGAAGGGCUUGACGCGUGCUUUGUGGGUAUCCCUUUGGAUACCGGAACUACACACAGAUCGGGGGCCAGGUUCGGCCCAAGGCAGAUCAGGACCGAGUCAUGUCUGAUCCGAUUUUACAACAGCCUUGGUGCAGCGCCCUUUGAAAGCUUACAGGUUGCUGACAUUGGAGACGUCAACAUCAACCUGUAUGACCUGAAGAAGGCCGUGCGCAUGAUCAAGGAAGCCUACUCAAAGAUCCUCACGACUGGCUGCAAGCCGUUAACUCUUGGCGGUGACCACACCCUGUCGUACCCAGUGCUUCAGGCCGUUAAGGAGAAGCAUGGCACAGUGGGGCUGGUCCACAUAGAUGCCCACGGCGACACAGCGGAUGAAAUGCUAGGGGAGAAGAUUGCUCACGGCACUUCCUUCCACCGAGCCCUCGAGGAAGAGCUUGUCGACCCGAGAAAGAUGGUGCAGAUCGGCCUACGGGGGCCUCAGGAUGCACAGGAUGACACUGAGUGGCAGAGAAACCAGGGAGUGUGGGUGGUUCGGAUGGAGGAGUGUCAUCACAAGUCGCUCCUUCCGCUCAUGUCAGAGGUCAGGCAAAUGAUGGGAGACACCCCUGUUUACAUCAGCUUUGAUAUCGACGGCAUAGAUCCAGGUUUUGCUCCAGGAACAGGAACUCCUGAAGUCGGUGGGCUGACGCCAAUACAGGGCAUGGAGAUCAUUCGUGGCUGCCGCGGGCUGAACAUCAUCGGUGGAGAUCUGGUCGAGGUGUCACCUCCCUAUGACCCGUUUGGCACCACCGCGUUGCUGGGUGCCAACCUGCUGUUUGAGAUGUUGUGUGUGCUUCCUGGCGUCAAGUACCCAUCCAAGUAAUCUCUGUGUUUUUGGAUGUGUGUUUGUGUAGCUGAUCUUCUGGCUAUUCAUUUAAGACGGUGAUAUCCCCACUUGUGCCUAGUCAAAUUACAAAUGCUAGUGAGCCAGUUCGGUAUUCCCACAGCGCAGGCCAAAAAUAAAGCCUAUCCAAGGUCAUUCAGACACGCGUCUGCCAAAUCACUGCGGCUGUACAUGCACUCGCUUUGUUUCCGAAUGACCUCGCUUUUUUAAAUACAUGUACCGAACCAGGUCAUUGAGAGCACAUUUGAAGAGUAUCAAAUGAGUUUGUGUACAGAGAGUUGUGAUAGGUUCAGAUCAGAGACCAAUAUUGGUGCCAAAGUCUGCCACAAUGACUCGUGCCCAUUGCAUCAUGCAUAAAACAGUCAAUCAUCAAACCUUGAAAUGUUUGUCAUUUGUCAUGGAACAAAUCAUAGAGGGAAACUGGCUUGUUUGUCAUUUGCUUACACAUUAAUGCAACCUCAAUUGGAAACAUCAUACUUAAGUACACUCGCCUCAUACUGCAACUCUUUGUACAUGUAUAUAUGGCUCUGGCUAAAACAUUAAAAAACAUAGUUAUAACAAUGAAAGUUUUGUUGAGGAAAUUAAGCCAUAUACUAUAUAUUUUAUCUAUAACAGCUGAAAACUUGUCAAAUUGAGGUUUAAAUGAUUUAGGACUGCAGUAGAGUGUCCUGCUAUUUUACUUUUUGCUUGUUUCCUGCUUUUUUAUAAUAUCAUUUUAGGGGAUUUGUUUACAACUUGCUCUGACCAUUCUUGGUAGAGGUUUGUGUAUGAAACAAAACCCACAAAAACUCUCGGUAACCCAAGCUUUUUUUUGCCCAGGAUGACAUUACUGUUUAGCUCAUAAAUGUGGAAAUCAGCAUGGGCAAAAUUAGCAAUGGGGACAUUACUAACAACUCGGCGAUUAUAAAUGAAAUUGAAAGGCUUUGAAUCAUGCAAGAUCUGAUCAACAUCAAUUAAAUGUCAACAAAGGUUAAUGCAGCCCCAUUGUAUGCCCUUAAAAAUUGGCAGAACACAGGAUGGAACUCACUGUACACAUUCUGAGGGCAAAGUGUUGUGAAAACUGAAAAGAAAAUGAUACAUUAGGGAUGAUUUUAGAUGUAUUGAAAAUUGGGGUCAGAAAGCAGCCAAGCUGCACUUCCUUGCCAGUCAAUUCAAGUGUAGUCAGUUCAGUUAUACUAUGUUGCAUGUAUUCUGAAAAUGAUAUUUUUGGGGCUAAAUUUUAAGGCUUUUUUUUUAAUUUUUGUUUAAUAUGUAUCCGGCGGUAACAAAAUAAUGAUCAGUGUUUUGUAUUACAGUACAGGUGUAUGUCAGUGUGCCUGUUUGCAGUACAUCGUGACUGCAAAUGAUUUUUUUCAUAGAGGUAGGCAAGAUCUGCUACCUUGUUUACAUUUGCAGUUGUUUUCAUUCGCUUCAAUCUCUUUAUAUGAGGCUAAGCAACCAUGAUACAUGUAGACUGCAUAACCUAUCAGCCUAAUGGUCUAUUUCCAAAGAUGAUAUUCUUGGGCGUAAUGAUUCUUUUACAAGCUAUGUCAGAUCAUUGUUGACGGCAUUUCCAGAGGGGGGGGUGUGCCAGAGUCGAUUUGCUGACUUGUAACUUGUUCUCCAACCUCAUGUCGUGUAAAAUUUACAAAAUGCAGAGGACAAUUUACUCCCAUUGUAAUCUUUCAUCUGGCCGAGACUGGCUCCAUCCGAAAUACCAUAAAAAGUGCAGUUUUUGAGAGAAAGUGACAAGUGUCUCCUAUCUCACUCUAGAAUAGUUCAGAGCAAUUGAAGACACUUGACAAAAAAUCAGCCAGCACCAACGCCCACUAACACCCCAAUCCAUCACCACAAAUAGUGGAUUUCCUUUACUAAUUCUUCCAGUUUGAAAUUCUUCAGGGAAUAUCGUGCCCAUUUUUGAUACUUCACUCUCAUUGACAAACUUGUGUGUCGUUUAUGUCUUUAUCCAGCAAUUCUCUGUGUUUUCUUAAUGCCAAUUCAUCAGGCGAAAGCGAAGUGAAUUUGAUGUCACGAAAAAUUUGCAGGUGAAUUUCGCUCGAGUUAAAGUGUAUUCAACAUAUGCAAAUUCGUAAUGCGAAUAUCUGAUCUGACGUUACAAAUUUGUAUUCGUUUUCUCUCUUAUGCGAAAGUAUGAAUAUGAAGUAUGAACUGGCCUAUAAACAACAUACUCCUUUAAUGUAUACAUCAAAACUGGGAAACAAAGGAUUUUUAUCCAUGAGUUUUAUUCCCCUACAUUGCUGAUAAUUCCCUACAUACAUGUACAUUUGUAAUACAUAUUACUGCAUCUUUCUUAAAACUCCCCACAACGCUGCACUAUUAAGUGGUACUUUACCAGUGAUUUAUUAUUUGUGUUAUUGUUAUUUGAGAAAUCAUUAAGAUGUUUCAAAAAUAUUUUCAAGUAAUUUUUCAAUUUCUUUGCAAAAAUUCUCAAAGUGACUUCUCGAGUUUUUUUUGAAAAGCAAGUUCAUAUUUUUAUAUUGGUAAAAGAUUUCUAAUCAAGCUAUGUUGUUACAAAUCCAAGGUUGAUGGAAGGGUAUUAUUGUUUUCUCUGGCAUUGUGUUCUGAAAGAAAGCAGUGGAGCAGUUUGAAAUGAAUUUUAUUUUAUCAGAGAAUUUAUACAAUUUCAGUAUUAUUCCAUGUGACUUUUAAAUAUUUGAAAAUAACUUUUCAAGUGAUUUACAAAUCCUUAUCUCAGUAACACGUUUUUAAACAGAUUCUUGUACUUGUACAGCAAUUUAAAUCAAUGAAAGAGUAGACUCGAGAUGUUUGCGUUUACUCAAAUAUUGUGGAAGGGAUGAAUUGAUUUUUCUAAUGGUACUGUAAACUGUCAAAGAUAAUAAUAAAUUCCUCUAUCAAGCCAAAAAGAAAA